AUGGAUAACAGGGAAGUGAAGAAACGCCCUGGAGAAAUAGAUGACGUUUAUUUCUGUGACACCAUAAGGAGGGAGCUCCAGCUGAUAACGGAUGAAUACAAGCAGAAGACGCAAAGGAAGUUCUUCUUAAAGUGCAUCCUAAAGACAGAACUUCUUGUAGUGACAAUUUUUUUGGCUCCCCUGUUGGCGUGCUUAAUUUUUCUGGAGGACAACGACAUAAUCAGUUCGCACUACCUGACGGCCCUGUUCUUUCUCAUAUCGCUGUUGCUUCUGCUGUUCGUCUUUCUCUAUUACGAGAUUGAAGAUGCCCAAACCAACCAGUUUUUGAGAAAAAUAAACGGAGCUUCUAACUUAUUGUCACCAAGGAAUGUCUCCAAAAAAAAGAAGGAAGACGAUUGUCAUUUGAAUUAUUUGUCCAACUCUCAUUUUAUUUUCAUUCAGAGAAACAAGAGAUGGGAACUGCUGCCGACGAACCUGCUAAUCAAGCAGGACAUCUUCUUGCUACGUGCCGGGGACCUAAUCCCCUGUAGAUGUGUGGAAUACGACAUAGAGGAGGGCACGUACGGGCGGGGCUACCAAAAGUAUGAGGUGUUCAUGCCGAUGGACAAGGAUCAAAUUAGCAUGAACCUGCUGACGAGGCACGGGAAGGACGACAAGGGCGACUACCUGCCCUCAUUCCACCUCUACUCAUUCGUGGCACAAGAAAACGUGUCCAUAAGCACCAUCAGAAAGUAUAUGUUAGACUCCACAGAGGAGAACAAAAUUUCGAAGCAUAAGGGUAACCUGAGGAAUGUAAUCCUGACGGAGAAGAUUCACACGUUUUACCUGUACACGUGGGUUAUUCUCUUUCCCGUUUCUGUCGUGGCAGCGGCGGUGUACUUCACCGACAUGAAGAGCCACCGAGGGGAUGUUCCCCACUUUGUCAUUAUCUACUUUCUGCUGUACAGCGUGCUGAUGUCGAUCACGAUGCUGCCCUUUUUCCACAGAAUCUUCUCAGAGCUGAUAUACGGAUACUGCUCCUCUCUGAAUCUCAUCUAUGAAAGUUAUUUUAAGGACGAGAUGAACUACGAAAGGGAUUUCUCCUCUUCAUUCGACUUCUCCACCACAACAGAGGAUACUGGCUAUGCAGACAAGAAGCGCUUCGGGCUGUUUUACACACUGAAGAGCAUAUUUUUUUUAAUCAUUAAGGGCAUCAAAAUCGAUAAAUGCUACCUGAACAUCCUGAGCGACUGCUCAGUGCUGUGUUUUCUAGACAGUAGCGGAAUCCUACUAGACACCAAUCACAGCAUUAAGGAGAUCUGCCUGUAUAAUUGCAUGAAUUCGAAGGAGACCCCGUCAAGCUCGACUAUGAUGAAGGCAGUGGCAAAUCACCAGAACUACAUCCUGACCGUUAUUGAUAUCCUAAUGGACAACAAGAGCAUGUAUGCUUAUCAGAGGAUUAAGAACCGGAAAAUCCUCCACUCUCUCUUUUUGUUGUCCUACUACACGCAAGUCCCUAAAUAUGUGAAACUCCUGGACGAGUUCCAGAACAACAUCAUGAAUUACAUGAAUCAGCUGGACUACAGCCACCUCUUCAUUUGUCUCUGCGACAUUGGCAACAUUUCGUAUCCAUACAAUAAGUUUGUCUUCCAGAAGCUCUUCCUUUGCGUGGAAAACAAAAGCAACUACGAGUUGUACAAGAAAAAGAGUAGCGAGCUGAAGAAGCAUAGGAAGAGCACGAGGGACGGUGGCGAGUUGCCAUACCACGUGGAGGAGCACGCCGAGAAGGGGCAAGCCCCGGGCAUCAACAUAUACGAUGCGGUCACGUCCAGGGACAACUUUGUCUUUGCCUUUAUCCUGUGCGAGAAGAAGAAAGACAAGUACCACCUCUUUCUGAAGGGACAACUGGACGCCCUCGUGAACAAGUGCAUGUUCUACUACGACGGGGAGGCCAUCAAGAGACUUAAGCGGAGGAAGAAGAAGGUGCUGCGCAUCCUGAAUAUGCAGUGGAUUUCCUCAGGAAUCGAAAGCAUAUGCUUUGCAUACCGACCCCUGAGCAAAGAAGAGAGCAACUACCUAAAGGAGAACUUCCAGAAGAACAUAUACCUGUUGACAAUAAAUAAGCGGAAGGUGUACCACCUGAGGAACUUCUACAAUGAGAGUCCCUUCCCUGUGAAGGGGAAUGAGAAGUUCUUGUCCCACUUGCUCUCGACGAGUAUCUUCAUUGGCAACUCCGCAGUGAAACUCAUGACGAACAGCGAAAUUCAGAUGCGGAUUAACGACUUCUACGAUGCAGGAAUCCGCUUCGUCCAUUUCAGCAAAACGGAUCAAGCAAACACGAGGAACGUGUCCAACUUGCUCGGCAUGGAGACUAACUGGAACACAUCCAUCUCUCUGAGUCUCAACGAUAAGUCGAGCUUUAAAAACAGGGAUGGGAAGGUUGUCAUCCCGAGUGGCAUCAACAACAUUAAGACGCACAUCCAGGAGGUGGAUGACAUCCCGUUGCGAGUGUCGUCCUACUCAGGAUGCAACCAGUUCAACACGGCCGAGAUGAUCAAAAUUCUGCUCGAGAACAACGAAAUCAUCACCUGCGUUGGAAACAGCCUGAACUGCUGCAAUUUCGAAAUGUACAGCCUGUGUAAUUACGCCGUGUCUAUUCUGCUCCCGUACAAUAAUGCCUGUAAAGAUUGCCAGGGGAAAAGAGAAAGGAACACCCCAUUUGAUGAGUUAUCCACAAAGGAGAACCCCAUCAUCUCGUAUGCCUCCUUCGUGAACACGCUGCCGUGUAAUUUGAUAAUAGAGAAGAGUCGACUUGACCUCUCAGAAAACAUAAUGGAGCUCGUGUACAAACUACUGAAGAGUUCUAGGAUCCACAAGAAGAACGUCUCGCUGACGAUUUUUUUCUUCUACUUCUACUACUCCCAGUUGUCCUUCCUAUUGUUCAUCGUUUCGGUGUUGUUUUUGCCCCCCCUAAUCUCGGUGAUGGACUACCUCCUGUUCAUCCUGCUGAUCAUCCCUCUGCUGUCAAUCGCCCUCCUCGGCAACGACAACAACUAUACCAUAAUGAACGAGAUCCCCGACAGAGUCAUCACGCGGGAGUUCCUCAUGAAGAGGCUGCUCCUCUACCUUAUCAGGUGGAUCAUCUUCAUGCUCUUGUGUGUCACGUUGGCGGUCUACUACGUACAGCACAUUAACAGGCAGUUUGCCAGCAGAUACAUUUUACAGUCCAGCUUCAGCGAAGACGUCUUAAAUUCAUUGCAGAAGAAUUUCAUGGCGGAUGUGGCGCACCACUGCACGGAGAGUGCGCAUCUAAGCUCCUUCUACAAAUGCCAGCUGCUCCUGUAUUCAUUUUCUGACAAGGAACCUAUGGGUCUCACCUGCAUCAAAAACUCAAAAACAUACUUCUCCUGCUUGUUCAUUUUCCUCAUUCUGAGCCUUCUGUACGUGGCAUUCCGCAUGUACAUGCUCCCCCCCCAAUACGUAAUUCAGUCUCCCGAUGCGACUCUCAGCAUACUUAUAGUCAUCUCCAGCCUCAUCAUAUUAACAACAAACGAAACGUUGAAGCGCAUCGAGGCAAGGAUCAAAACGAACAGGCAGAAAUAUCUGAAGGUUCUGUUUGGAACUCGCCUGGGCAUGUGGAGCCCCAAGUGA